UAUAUAUUUAUUCACAAAUGUAUAGAUAUUUACAACAUUUGGUAGUGUAUUGAAAUAAUAUUAUUGGUAAUAUGAUACUACAUGAUGAGCAAGUCUGUUAAAAAUGAUUUUUCAAAUGCGUCAAAUUCGAGCAGUAGUGAUAAAGGCGACUGUCGAGAUUGUUCGCAAAUAGGUGAUCCAAAUGGUUCAGACUUUAGCUCCAAUAAUGUGCCUGAUGUCGAUUUAACUGUCGUGGAUACUCGAUCCAAAAAGUCUCCCAAUAAUUCUUCUGUUAAUAAUUCUAAUAGUGAAACAUCCAGUUCGAAAAAAAAAGUGCACAAUUGGGCAUUAAAAUUCAGUUGUGGAAAAUUUAAAUCAAAGAGCUCUGCUAAAACUUCGAAUAGCGACAAUUGUGUGUGUAUAGGAUAUAAAAAAAAUGAAGAACCCAGUUCAUCCUAUUUGUUUUCUUCAAAUCUCGACUUGAAACAGAUCAAUGAACUUAGAAAAAUUAUAAGUCCUAGUAGCGUGCAUCAAAAUAUAUCAAGUGAAAUUUAUGAUAAACUUGUUGAGAACUCACAAAAUGCUACUAGUGAAGAAAGUUCUUCAUCGCAACGACUUUGUAAUCAACCAUCACUUUUACCACGUUCGGCUGUAGCUUUGCAAAUGCAAAUGCCUGUGGUUUUUUUAACUAUAUCACCUCUAAUGGAUAUUUCAAGAUUUAAUCACGAAUAUCAAACUGAAAAUCAAGAUAGAACAAGAGCUCAAAAUUCAACUGAGGGGGCAGAAGAUGUAGAUUUAAAUAAUGCAGGUGCGUCUUCUACAGGCGGUGUGAAACCUCCAUCACAGCCACAGUGGCCAAUGGAAGCACGUCACUGGCAACUUUUGUGUCCAUCUGAUAUAAGUGUUGAUUCACUUAAAUGUUUGUUUAACCAUCACUUUCAACUACAUGAUCCUGUGGAGCAGGCUCAAAGAGUUCAUACACAGGUGGAUUUCAUACACUGUUUAGUACCCGACCUAAAGAAAAUUACAGCAUGUUCAUUUUAUUGGGGUAAAAUGGAUAGAUAUGAAGCUGAAAAUUUGCUUGAUGGCAAGAAAGAAGGAACCUUCUUACUGAGAGAUUCUGCGCAGGAGGAAUAUUUAUUUUCAGUAUCAUUUAGGAAAUAUGGAAGGAGUCUUCAUGCAAGGAUUGAGCAAUUUAAUCAUCGAUUUAGUUUUGAUUCUCAUGAUCCUGGAGUAUAUUCAUCAUCAACAGUCACAGGGCUACUGGAGCAUUAUAAAGAUCCAACUUGUGUGAUGUUUUUUGAACCUAUGCUGACUGUUCCAUUGAAUCGAAAUUAUCCAUUUUCUUUGCAACAGCUAUGUAGAUCUGUGAUUGUAUCAAAAAUUACAUAUGAUGGUAUUAGCAUGCUAGGAUUACCGAGAGCUUUGAAAUCAUAUCUGCGCGAAUAUCAUUAUAAACAAAGAGUUCGUGUAAAACGAUUUGAUGAUUGUCCUUCUUACAUGGUAUAA